CAAAUUCUAGUUAUGCCCACAUCUUGAUGUGGUUCGCAGCUCAUGCUCACAAGAUAUAAGAAGGUGCGUGCGUCAGGUGUCCGUGAAAGCCCGUUUUGAUUUUUUUUGAUACCUCUUGAACGAAUGCAAAUGGAGUAUUCGGCUGAUGACAUCGCAGCAGCCAAGAAUCUGCAGUCCUUAACAUACCUAGCCACGUCGAUGGUGGCAUUUUGGACCUAUGAUUACGCUUGUUCACUACACACAGAGUGGACAUUCCUCCUGGAGUCGCGCUGGACCAAGGCAAAAGGUCUUUACGUCAUUACACGACAUUCCCCCUUUUUCUUCCUCCUCACUGAGCUAUAUCUGCACUUCACGCCGAGCGAGAAACUCGAUGAAUAUAAAUGCGGAAUAUCGUUCACUCUUCACACAUCUUUCAGUACGAUAUCGAUCGGUUGUUCUGAAUUGUUUUUUGUGCUUAGAACAUAUGCGCUCUGGAACAACAAUAGAAUCGUACUAGCAGUCAUGUUGUCCGCCUUUCUCGCUGCUGUGGCUGCAUGCAUCGUCAUUGGUUUCAUCACCGUUGGCACAUCACACGUUGUGACCAGCGCAAUCCCAGGUAUCACAGGCUGCUACCGGACCUCGACCAACCUCAGCUUCAUACAAUUUCUUCUCUUGUUUGCAUUUCAACUAGGACUCAUCUCCCUCACGCUCAUACGUGUCAUACAGAGCUGGCGGACGAACAACGGCCCUCUGUACGCCAUCCUGGUCAAGCAUAACAUAUUCUAUUAUGCAUCCGGUCUGUUUCUUUCAGCCGUCAAUUUCCUUAUGUUGUUCUACGACUCUGCAUAUCACUCCAUCAUCGAAGAUUUCGAGUGCUUUGUCCUUGCGAUCCUCGCCACGCGCAUGUACCUCCUUCUUUGGCAGAUCGACCGGGAUGCACACGGCUCUGAUGCCCUUGGGAUGAUUUGUUUGUCUGAUAUGUUCCCCGCGGACCCUAUGGCUUAUCCGGCGUCGUUUGUGGAGCGAAAUUUGGACUGAACGAGAUGACUGGCCUGGGUGGCUUGAUCGGGUUUGGAAGGCGCUUAACUUAUGGGAAUGUAUUUAUUGUCGUCAGUAGGCGGGAGGUGCGUUUGGUUAGCCUUGAUUUAUUUAACAUCUAUAGUAUCGAGUUUCCGCUGUGGGAGCCACGGAUGAGUAGGUAACGUUUGGCA